AAGCCUGUAUUCUGUGUCUAUGCAGAAUAAACCCCAAAAAUGGAUUGUUGUAACUUUUAAGCCAUAAUAAUAGUGAUCUAUCACUUACCACUUCACUACAUAAUUCCUUCAAAAUCAUGGCUACAUUUCCCAUUGCCAAAUCCGCAUUGCCCUUUCACUUGCUAAUUUUCCAUCUACUAACUUUAUAUCCCAUUUAUACUCUUUCACUUGAAACCCUAAUCACCAGUAACCGCAACUUCGAUCCCCAAACUGUCCUCCUCGGCAACGCCACAAUCUCCGGUAAUGGCUCUUCGGUACAACUCACUACUCCAAAUGCCUCAAGCUCUGGUCUUCUCUUGUACAAGAAUCCCUUCAGAUUACACAGUUCUACUCCAAGCAAACCAAUGUCUUUUAGCACUGAAUUUGAGUUCUCAUUUACUGGUAAUCUCAUUGGUCUUUCUCUUGUAAUGGGUCCUUUUAAUUUUGUGUCAAACUUUAUGGGUCAAGGUGCGGUUGACAGUGUAAAUAAGAAAGGGUAUCUGGGUAUUGAAUUUGGCUAUUCAAGGGAUGGUAAUGAUGGUAAUUCUACUAAGAUUCUUGUACUUAUAAGAGUUAAUAAUGAACCAUUAGGGCAUGUAUGGACAGAACGUGGACAAAGGAUGAAGGCUUGGAUUGAUUAUGAUGCGAGUUCCAAAAGAAUAGAGAUUAGGAUAAAUGAAUUGAAUGGUAAAAGGCCAUAUGAUCCAUUUGCUGCAUAUGCACUUGAUUUGUCAAAAAUGUGGAGCGAUAAUGAGGCUUUUGUGGUAUUAGGCUCAAAUAAUGGUGGCAAUCCAUCAGGGACGUGUAAUGUUUAUUCAUGGAGGUUUAGAUUAAGGAAGGUUCCUAAUUGGAUGCAUUCGUUACCGGUUAAUCCACAUGGUUCUAUGCAUAAUGAUAAUAGUGAUAAUGAGAGGUUAAGAGUGCAUAAGAGGAAAUUUUGUCCUUUGACAAUUCUUGCUGGGUUGAUUUUCGCAAGCGGGUGUGUAGCAUUGCUGGCAUUUGUGGGGUUAUAUAUGUGGCCAAUCUUUGUCAAUAGGCGCUCGGCAUUUCCACUUGAAGGCAAAAUGCAGAGAAUGGAUUUUAGGUAUGAGAAGAUCAGUGUCGUUGUGGAAAAAGAUGGGAAUGUUGUUAAGAAUUAGAGUUUGUUUUGUAAUGUUUGUAUUUGUUGCGUAAUAUAUGUACUUGUAUUGUGAAUCUUAGUUGUGCUUAGAACUUGUUGUGAAUGGAGUUUGUCAUGAAAUUAUGUUGGUUACUUCUUGUUCUUGUUGUACUAACUGAUCUUAUUUGAAAUACAGUUUCUUUCUUUGAUGUGCCCUA